AUGAAUUAAGAAGAAGGAGAAGUCAACUAACUUGAACAACAUGAGAAAGUAGUCAAGUAUAUCGUAAAGAAUACACCAUUUGGAUAAGCUAAUUUAGUGAUUAAGGAUUUGUGUAAAAUCAUUGGGAAUAUUAAUCCAUAGCAUUCUAUUAUGCUACAAGCAUUGAGGGAUCAUAAUGAGGAACACUUGGCUUUGUUUAAAGGCUAAAGCACUUAAAUCCUUACAAGCGUUCUGAAUUCUUAAGAGGACUUUUAUGUAGAUUAGAAAAACAAUGAGACAAUUUAAGUGGAUCAUGAAAAAUUAGAAGUCAUAUCCAGAUCCUAAGUUGAGUUACCUUCAGAUCCUGAAUUGAAUCAACUUAGAGAUGCCCUUGAAUAAUAACUCAAUCUUUAUUUGACUUAGCAAUUUAAUGAGAAAGUUUGUGGAGCUUAUGUUAUGUAUCAAGGUGACGCUUCAGAUUUUACAUUCUAUAUUGGAAUUACUGCAAAAACAAUUAACUUGCCAAACUUUUUCUGUGGAAGUUGGAUCUCAACCUGGGAAUUCACAAAAACACAAUUGAAAGGUGAUUUGAAAGUGCAAGCACAUUAUUAUGAAGAUGGAAAUGUGUAAUUAAAAAAUGUAAAUACCUUCUCAGAAGGAAUCAAUGUAGAUUUGUCUACUGCAAGCGAGAGUGCCAAAUAGAUUAUUCACACAAUCACUAGAUUAGAGAAUAGACAUUUAGCAGGAAUGGAUAAUUUAUAUAAUUCCAUGCCAGACAUAUUCUUUAAAGCAAUGAGAAGACCCCUACCAAUUACAGGUACAAAGAUGAAUUGGAAUGAAAAUGUUCACAAACUAGUAGCAAAUUUGAAGUAAUGAAAUUACAAUAAAAUAUUAAUCAAUAAAUUCAUGAUAAAUUUGAACUC